AUGGGCGCCGUCCGGCACGCAACGCCGGCCAGGGCCCUCUCGACAUCGGUCGCGGCCCUGUCGAAACACACACCAAGCCUGGGCGACAUCGAGCCGGAGAAGCAAGAAAUCUUCAACAGCCGGCAGAAGGCGUUCCGCGCACAGCUUGCGGAGGCGCAGAAGCAGCGGGAAGCCAGUGCGUUUGCCUCGUCUUCUCCCCCUUCCUCACCUACCUCCUCUUCCACGGCCCAGGGCCUUGGAUCGCUGAGCACCGCCUCAGGAAAUGCGGCCCGCGCCGCUGAGCAGGAACCCGCGCGCAAGGCGGGUCCCCUGACCAAUCUGAUUUACGGUACCAAAGAGGGCCGCGAGCUGGACGCCCAGAUCGAGGCGAGCUUCAGCCAAGUACUCGCGCGCGGCAAGUACGUGCACUCAAUCGUGUUUCACGAGGUGAAGCCCGAGUGCGUGGAUGAAUACGUCGACCUGGUAGGCCACUGGUACCCGCAGAUGGCCAGCAUGCCGGAAAAUAAGGUUCAUCUGGUUGGGAGCUGGCGGACAGAGGUGGGAGACUGUGACACAUUUGUCCACAUCUGGGAGUACCAGCGCUACCAAGGUUAUCACGCCUCUCUACACGCCAUCUCGCACCACCCCGACUACCCAGAAUUCGAGAAGAAGCUGCGGAGCCUAGUCCGGAGCAAGCGCUGCUCGCUGAUGCAAGAGUUCAGCUUCUGGCCGACCACGCCGCCCCGACAACUCGGCGGACUGUUCGAGCUGCGCUCGUACACGCUACACCCGGGCAACCUGCUCGAGUGGGAGACGCACUGGCGGCGCGGGCUCAAGGCGCGGCGGGAGGUCAUGGAGGGCGUGGGCGCCUGGUUCGUGCAGAUUGGCGACCUCAACACGGUGCACCACCUGUGGCAGUUUGCAGAUCUCGAGGAACGCAAGAUCCGCCGUGAGAAGAGCUGGGGCAUAGAGGGCUGGGCCGAGACGGUGCACAAGACGGUUCCGCUGAUCCAGGAGAUGAAGAGCAGGAUCCUGGUGCCCAUGCCGUGGUCUCCGGUGGCUUAA